AUGACUUCUCAGAUGUCUACUGAGCAAGAGGAGUUGAGCGAAACCAUCAAACCAUCUUCCAUCCAACAGAGCUUGAAAAAUGUCAGUAAGUCUGUUUACACUCGAUUGCCUCAUUGGAUGCAAAACGUUUGGAAUUCGGCUUACGAAGUGGCUGCCAGAUAUUCCAUUCUCAAAGAUUUCUCAAUAGCUUUUGCUUCAUUGUCCGUGCUUCCCUUGGCAUUCUUUUUGAUAUGGGUCAUCGGUUCUCUUGUUGCCACAAUGGUUAUUGGUGUCGUUGUCUAUCUUGCGGUGAAUGGACUUGCGAUAGGCGCCGGUUUCCUAUUACUCGCCCCGAUCCUAUUCUGCUCUUUAAUAGGUGCAGCAUUGACAACUUGUCUGACCACCAGUAUCAUUCUGGUGCAACUAUUGGCUCGAGGAACAAUUUUCCGACAUAUAGCCAACAAAGCUGAAAGUGUUGAUGAGGAAAGAAUUAACUUGAAUCACGAUGGUGAUGAUUUUUUAAAUGCUGACGCCCUUGAAAAUGAUAUGUCGGAAUUUGACGAAGACGAAAAUUAUGAAAGCGUGGAACAUUUUGAGUGGGUAGAUAAAUGGCGUAUAUACUUUGGAAAACUUCUUAAACUUCCCAGAGCUCUAUUUGAUGCUUUUCGAAAAGUUAUUCUCUAUUACACCAUUAUCCUGUUUUUUAUUGGAGGUUUGGGGCGUUACGUGUUCGACGAUAAAAUGUAA